AUGCUUUCUUACCCAAAAUUUAUUUUUAUCUUUUAUUUUUCUGCUACAAUAGUUCAAGCCGCUGACCCUCCUUACGGCCGUCUUUCAGUAAAUAAUGGAAAAUUAUUACGCGGUGGUUCUUUAUGGUUCAGUCAAUGGUUAACUGAAUUUUAUAGUCCUAAUGUAGUGCGAGCAGUAAAAUGUACAUUUAACUCCAACGUUAUUCGUGCAGCUAUAGGACCCGAAGCUAAUGGCUAUUUUGACAAUCUUGAUCAAGCUAUAAAUGCAGCAACUGUAAUAGGAAAUGCCGCAAUAGAUAAUGGAAUUUAUUUUGUGGUUGAUCUUCACUACGGCUUUCAAAAUUGCGAUAAUCAAGAUGCAUUUGAAAGUUUUACCAAUAAAGCAAUAGAAUUUUUUACAAGAAUUUUGGGUAAAUUCAAGGGAAGUCCUAACUUGUUAUUAGAGCUAUGGAAUGAACCUCAAUGCACUUGGGAUAAAAUUAGUGAAUAUCACUCGAAAGUUCUUAAGGCUAUUAGAAAUAUUGAUUCAAAUGUUGUAUGCAUCCUUGGAACACCUAAAGCUUCGUCUGGUCCAAGUUCUGAAGUUGUGAGCAACCCUCUUCGUGUCAGUAACACUAUUUAUACAAUGCAUUGGUAUGCAGUUAAGGAUCAAGCUCAUAUUAAUAGUCAAUAUCAUCUUAUUGAUAAUGCGAUUAAAAAUAAUAUCGGAGUUUUUGUUUCUGAAUAUGGUGAUGCUGAUGUUACCCCAGGGGCUACAGUGAAUAUAGCGGCGACAACAAAAAUCCUACACUUUUUGGAUGUCCGGAAAAUUUCCUAUAUGAAAUGGUCAUUUUGCAAUAGGGAUGAAGUUUGGUCAGUAAUUAAACCUGAAUGUGGAGCAAGUCAAAUCAAUCAACCCGAGUGUUUGAGCCCUUCAGGACAAGCCUUUCUUAAAAGGUUCAAAAAUCUGAAAAAUGGUAGGCUUAAAUCAUUUUUAGAAAAUUGCCUUUAA